GCGAUGCGGCACAGCUGAGAGAGAGGAUUGCGAACGUGGAGAGGCAGCGUGAGGAACUGUUGGCAGAGAAGGAGGAGAUAUCUCGUCACCUCGCCCACACACGCGCGCAGCUGAGCGGGAUAGAGAAAGAGUUGAUGGACGUGAAACACUGUCGUGAGCGUGAGAAGGAGGAGAUGAGGAGUGAAAUGGAGACGCUUCAGAUGAAUGCCUCACAGGAGAGAGAGACACUGAGCACGCAGCUGAGAGAAGCCGUGGAGACGUCGCAGAGGGAGAAGGAGCAGCUGGAGGCGGCGGCGGCGCAACGAGAGACCGACCUCGGCUCACGCUUACAGAAGAUGACGCUUACAGCGCAGUCACUCCAAACACAUAUAUCGCAGCAGGCAGGCCAGCUGGCAGAACAGGAGGGCAAGCUGGCAGAGACAUCGACCCAGCUGGCGGAGAAGGAAGCCACGCUGGCAGACGUAUCGGAUCGGCUGCGGGAAAGGGAGGGAGAACUCACGGAGGUGUCGGCACAGCUGGCAGAGAGAGAAGGCGAGCUGGCGGCAGCGUCGGCUCAGCUGGCGGACAGGGAGGGUGAGCUGGCAGCGGUGUCGGGCAGGCUGGAGGAGCGAGAGGGGGAGCUGGCGAGGGAGAGGGAGAAGAGCGGAGAGCUGGAGAGGAAGCUAGAGGAAGGUGACGUCUGUCUCGCCGACCUACAGCAGACGAUAGAGCGACUCGAGGCUGCAGAGCAGACGAUGCGAACCACUAUGCAGGAGGAGAUAGACAGACUGACGGAGGAGCGAGGGAAGGAUGCGGCGGAGGCGGCGGGGAUGCUGGCGAGGCGUGAAGCUGAAGCUGUAGAGAUUCAGCGAGAAGCGGAGGAGGCUGAGCAGCAGCUGCAACAGACUAAGCAGGAGCCUUGAAGCAUCGCCGUAACGAAGGCGGCGGACA